UAUGAAGUUUACUACCAUUGGAUUACUGAAAACACAGUCACACUACUGUCAAUCAAAACCCCCCAUUUCCAUUUGAGUUAUUUUUAAUCAUUUACACAAAUCAAUCAAACAUUAAAAAUAAAUUCAUAUCAAAAUAAAUUAUCAAAUGAAUGCUUCCCAUUUUUAUUUAAUUUUUUCAACAGUUAUUUUCAUUUACAUCUUUCAGUUGGAAGCUCAAGCUGCCCCUGCUGCUGCUGGCCCAGUAAUUAAACAACUAUCUUCCAUUUUCAAGUGGACAGCUAGGUCAUCAUCAUCUUCUAAAUCAUCAUUAUCAGAUGGGAAUAUUCUUCAAUUUGAGGAUGGUUAUUUAGUAGAAACAGUAGUUGAAGGGAAUCAGUUAGGGGUUGUGCCGUAUUCGGUUCAGGUUUCGCAAGAAGGUGAACUAUAUGCUGUUGAUACAGUCAAUAGCAACAUUGUUCGGAUUACGCCCCCUUUGUCACAAUAUAGUAGGGCAAGGUUGAUUGCGGGGUCGUUUCAAGGUUAUACUGGACAUGUAGAUGGGAAACCGAAUGAUGCUCGUUUUGAUCAUCCUAAAGGUGUUACUAUGGAUGAUAAAGGAAAUGUGUAUGUUGCCGAUACUUCUAAUCUUGCCAUUAGAAAGAUCGGUGAAACAGGUGUGACGACAAUAGCUGGUGGAAAAUCAAAUGUAGCAGGAUACAGGGACGGGCCAAGUGAAGAUGCACAGUUUUCAAGUGACUUUGAUGUAAUUUAUGUGAGACCAACCUGCUCGUUGCUAGUUAUUGAUCGAGGAAAUGCAGCUCUUCGACAAAUUUCUUUGAAUCAAGAGGAUUGUGAUUACCAAGAUAGCUCUAUAACUUCCACAGAUCUUGUUUUGUGUAUUGGUGCCAUCUUGAUAGGAUAUGCUGUAUGCAUCGUUCAACAAGGAUAUGGCUCAUCGUAUUUCUCUGCAGUGCAUAAGGCGGAGAGUGAUACUAAAAGACCAAGCAAGGAAAAACCCACUAAAACUCAAAAUGUGGAAACCAUUAGAGAAGAACAAGAAGCAGGAUGGCCAUCUUUUGGGCAACUAGUUACGGAUCUAUCAAAGCUCGCCCUCGAAGGCUUUGGUAACAUCUUUGUUCCAUGGAACCCGUUCAACAGUCCUGGGAGAGGCCUCACCCCUUUAAAAGAUCAUCUUAUAAUGCCUGAAGAUGAACUUGCUCAGCAGCCGCCAUUGGUACAGAAGCACAGAACGCCAACCCCUCUUUCAGAAACCCGUCAUGCCCACAAUCCAAAUGAAAAAAUUGCAGAAACAAAGCCUGCUAAACUCAGAUCAUCUAGCAUAAAAGAUCCAAGCAAGCAUAGAGUCUCUAAAAGAGAAGAAUAUGCCGAGUUUUAUGGUGGGGCUAGUGGUGAGGUUCCUCAUGUUCGAUCCAAGAGCCAGAAGGAAAGAACAAAGCAUCGGUCUAGAGAUAAACGAGCUGAAGCUGCGUAUGGAGGUGAGCAAAAGACUGUUGACCCAAAACCGGUCAACUAUGAUGAUCCCAAGUUUAGUUAUAUGAGAAACAAGUUUGGUGAAUCAUAUCGUUACAAUUAAAAGUUACAAAGAUUUGUAGUGAUGUAGACUAUACAUUGUCAAACACGGCCUUAACGUAAACUUAAGAUAUUUCUCUCAUUCGGCUUGUCGUCGCUUUCAUUUCCAUGUAGCUUUAAUGUUUGUACCGUGAAACGACGAGUGCUUGUCGAAGUUGUACGAUCGGUAGGUGGUGUGGCUACCUGGUAUUGGUUUGUUAUGUAUGGCUUCAGUUUUGGGGAA